AUGGCGACCGACGAUGCGACCUCAGGGCACAUCUACAUUAAAGAUCUGCCAGAAACUGGUUCUGAUUAUGAGGGCUGGCGCUUCAGUUUGAAGAAUCAAAUCUUGAGUGUAGCACCGGACCCAGUUGCUGCCAUGGCUUAUAUCAGAGAGCUUGAUGAUGAAUCUGUUUCUUUUGGCGAUUUGGCGUCAAACUUGUCCGUAGACAUGAACAAAACAGAUGUGAAUGUUUUCGCGGCAGUGGUUGCCGCAUGUCACAAGGGAAAGAAAGGAUCAGAGAUUCUCAAGCUUAUACAAUCACGUGCACAGUUUGGUUGUGGUCGUCAAGCUGUCCGCAUCGUUGACCAGCGGCACUUGCAUGAGUCAACACAUUUUGCCACGGAGGCUAACACCAAGAUUCAAGAGCUCAGUUGUUCUGGAUUGUCGGAGCUUGACAGCUACAUGGCAUCUUUUUCGUUGUAUCGCCACCAGAUGGGUUCCGGCGAGCAUAAGCUCACCAAUGCUGGGGGCAUUGCGCUUCUGAAGCGCAAGCUCAAAGAUAUCAAAGAAAUGGAUGCCACUUUUGCCGUUUUCAAUGCCAGCAAUUCUGUGGAUCUAGACGCCUUGAUAUAUGCCAUCAACGGUUUGGUUGCACAUCACUCUGAGGAGAUUGAGAGGCGAAAAGCACAGAAAAAGGCUGCUGCGGCCAAGGUCGCUGCUGCCACGGCAGCGGGCGGCAAAUCACAGGGAGGCAAAGGCAAGAGCAAAAACAAGAAAGGCAAUGACAAGCCGUGUGAUCAUUGUCACAAGCCCGGACACACAGCACAAAGGUGCUGGUUGAAUCCAAAGAGUUCCGGGUACAGACCGGACUUCGCGGCGAAGAUCAAUGCCUCUUCGUCAAGCGGUGGGGCAUCUGCGCCGCCUGGAUUGGGGGCAGCGUCCAUGGGCGCUCGGCCUGGGCCUGCAGUUCCGGCAGAUGUCCUCACCAAAGCGUUUUCGGAGUUUCUCACCAAACGUUUCGGUGGCUCCGCGUGGCUUGCCGAUGUCAAGCUUGACGAUCUUCAACAGUUUGCAGGUGCGGCAUGGGCUCUGGAUUCGGUAGCCAGCCAGUUCUGCAUCAUGGGCGACAAUGCCGAUGAUGACGCUUGGGAGACAUGCGCUGGCACGGCUCGGCCAACAGCUAUGGUGGACGCCAUGGUUCCGCAUCUCGGGCGUCGCUCGGCUAUGGUGAUGCCGGACUCUAAAAUCAACAUGGCGUCGAUGGGCGAAACUUGCGCCGAGCUGGGGUAUCAUUUCUACUGGCCCGCAUGGUCUGAGCAGCCACAUUUCUGGCGCGACGGUGUUUCCAGCGAGGUGCCGCUCACCAUGGUCAAUCGCGUCCUAUUUCUAUUGACCGCAGUCGGUGCUGGUCCGGCAAGCUUGAUUGAGGCUGCAAGCGACACAGACUUGAACGAUUUCUUCGCUCACAUGUUUCGGGAGUUUUGCCUCCUGCGGAUCAACAUUGCUUGGCUAUGCUUGGCUCACCCGAAGAACCCCACCUGCGAAGUGUGCUUGCAAGCAAAAAUGUGUCGAGCUCCAGCGGCUCGCAAAAAGCAAGCUGUCGAAGAUGACAAGCAGACAGCUCGAGUUCACGGGGAACGCAUUCACUGUGAUCUUGUCGGCCCCAGCAUCAAUGACGAGGUGUAUGCCAUGAUUACGCAUGAUGAUGCAACGGGGUACCCGGCAGCACGUGCUUUGCGCACCAAGCAGGCUUCCGAAGCCGCUGCCGCUUUCGACGACAUGUAUGGGAACCAGUCAGUGUCUUCAGUCCGGACGGACAAUGGUGGCGAGUUCCAGGGCGAGUUCGCCGCCAAACUCAAGGAACAUGAGAAGUUUGCAUCUCGUGGACGGCUUGGUGUGGUGUUGGGGUAUAGCCGCUUGCAGUCAUACUACGUCCUGGAUUUCGAACAUUACGUCGAGACGAAGGGCGAAGCCCGGAUUGUGCACACACGUGAUGCGCGCUUCCCCCCUCAGGUGCGCUGGCCAUUUCAGGAGCUGGGCAUGGACAACCCUGAUGCGGCAUACUGGGCCCAACGUUUGUUCAAACCGGGGGUGUUGCAACCAACGCCCGUUGCUGGAGAUGACGGCCGAUGUGUACUUUGCGGCUUGUGGGCCACUGAUGCGGACAUCCACUGCCGUGGAUGUUUGCUUGGCGGUGGUCGUCGUCGGCAUGUGGAUGGCCCCGGCUGCCUUCCCGCUCGAUGUGGUGGUCAUGCGUUCCUUGACGUUCAGCCUCCUCCGGGCUCGCCCGAGACGAGCAUGGACUAUUCCCCAAGCACUCCACACAGCCGUGAUGGGGGCGUCAUCGACUCCUCCAUGGCUUCGUCAAGCUCCAGGUUUUCGACAUCGCAUGACGCACACGAUGAUGAGGAUGACCUGGGCCCACCGCCUGACGAUGAAGGCGAUGGACGUUGCCAUAUACGGAUGCCUUGCCACGCAAGCCGCGCUGGCGAGUGGGCUUGUUCGCUGAUGCACAAAUGCCUCCCGAACACAAUUAUGGUUGCCGCCGAUACUUACAUCUUCAUCCGAGCGAUCUCGGUCCCACCGCGGGUUGGAUCACACCCAUCAGAUGCGGAUUCGGAGCGAUCCAGGCCGGCCUCCAGCAGUCACAAUCGGACCAGCACGGAGUUACGGCCAGACGGCAUACACAGUUCGGACGCUGAUUCGGAGAGAUCGCAGCAACCAACCAAUGAUCGCGACAAUGCAGCUAUUUCCUCCACGGUGAAGUUUGAAAGCGAUCGAUCUGGGCUCAGCACAGUUGUCCGUGGUGGGACGGUUCUCACAACGCCUGCAGCACUUAGGCUUGAACAGGAGCUGGACAAGCUGACAACUGAGCUGGGGAAGAUGUUCGCUUGCGUCACCAAGAUCGUCAAACGAAGAGAUCCAGAGUGGGACACAAACGCUGCGCGUGAAGCUAUCCGCAAAGAAGCGGCAAACCACGCGUCGAAGCGGACUUGGGAGUCUGAGGCAUGUGAAUGGGAAACUGCUGUGGCCAAGUACGGCCCUGAUGUGGAGUACCACCGAUUCAAAGCUCGCAUAGUCGCACUCGGGGACAACGUUCGCGACAUUUACGGCCGGCUUGUGGAGGAAGACCAAUUGCACGGUCGACCCAUCACGCUUGAAGGAUCACGGGCGCUAGAUUGCUAUGCCGGUUUGCAGCCUGACGGCGAUUGUCAAACUGCUGAUGCUGACGGUGCCUAUUUGCAAGCUCGACUCAAAGGUCGUCCGAAGGUGAUUUGUUUACCAAGAGAGUUUCGCACACAAUCCGAACUGGAGAUGCGCUGUCCUGUGCACUUGUUGUACAUGGCCAUCUACGGGCUCACACGUUCAAACAGCGAUUGGGAAGAUCAUGCUGACGACCGGUUGUUGCUUAAGCAUUGGCUGCAAGCUCGUGACAUUGAGCGCCCGAUUUUCAAGAAGGAAUAUAACGGGCACAUUGUGGGCAUGGGCCGUUUCGUCGAUGAUUUCAAGCUGGCGGGACACAAACCCGUGUUACCACAUGCAUGGGCUGAGAUUUUCGAAUGUUUCGAUUUCGCGGACCCGCCGCAACCUGUCAGCCGAUUUGUAGGCUCCGAGGAGAUCUUAUCGCGCGACCAAGCGGAUGCCACAUGUCUGGUGAAGCAGGAUGCGUACAUCGACACCCUCACGAGAAAGUACAUGGAUGAGAUUCGUGCAUACAGACUUCCAAGAUACGACACCAAUGAUGUUUCAAACAUGAGCGAGACAGGUCAGUUUGCAUCAAAUUGCGGUUCCUACGUGGGGGCUGGAUUGCGGGUAGCGAGGAACAGUCGUCCUGAGAUCUCAUUUGCUGUCGGGUGGUUGGGUCGGUACACCACAAAAUGGACAAGAACACAGGAUGCUGCCUUGCAUCGUUUGAUGAGGUAUUUGGCGGCGACUAGGUCCUUCGCACUUAGAUUGGUUCUCAAUCCUGUCGAUGUGCAGCAACGCACUCUGAAGCUAGUAUUGUGGGUCGAUUCUGAUUGGGCGACGGAUCCCGAUACCAGGCGAUCGACAUCAGGAGCCGUUUUGCAACUUGCUGGGUCGCACGGCACUCGCGCGUCAUUUGCUUGGCGAUCGCAUCGUCAAGGUGCUACCGCAUUGUCGGCACCAGAUGCUGAAGCGACGGCCAUGGCCGAAGGUCUCAAGCGCCACGGGAUUUAUGCACAAGAUCUUUUCGAGUUUUUGCUGGGAUACCGAGUUCCAUUAGACAUCAUGACCGAUUCAGCAACAGGAAUUGCAGCAAUCCAUGACGCAUACGGCGUCCUCAAGUACAUGAAGCGAACGCAAAGUGUGCCUUUGUCAUGGUUGCAUGAUGUGAGCAUGGAUCCCGACAACAACAUCAACAAAACCAGCACCGACGAUAACCUUGCUGAUGUCAUGACGAAAGCAUUGGAGAAGAACAAGUUCCAGCAUUUUUCACGGCUCUUGGGAGUUCACCCGCAUGGUUGA